AUGGCGUCCGAAACAACGCCACCGUCCGCCCGCGUCGACGCUCCACCGCAGACGACAGCACAUGCACAGUUGCCAUCACAGACACCGUCUAUUGUCUUUGCGCCAACAUCUGACGGUGAGAGCGACGAGGACGGCUUUCCGAUCGAGAUCGACGACGCCUUGACUCCCUUCCAGAAGCAGCGGCAGUAUGACGAGAUCCAUCCCCACGAUGCCGCCCUGUUGCGACGCAGCCACUCGCCCCAACUCAUCUCCCUCUCCUCCUCAACGCCCUAUCCAGCGCUGUCAACGUCGCCCUCCUCGUCGGCGGGUCUGCUCAGUCCAGACGCCUUUAGAACCAGCUUUGUGCGACCGCCUCGCAGCGCCAUGAGGGAUGGCUCAGAAGCUGGUGAUAUAUCAGCCUCAUCGCUGCCGAUCCCAACGUCUUCGACGGGCUCGACUUCCACAACGGCGCCGACCAACGGCAUCGGCUCGUCGCCUGCGGCAAAUCCCUUCAACUUCCAGACCGAGUACAUAUCCACGUCGUCGGUGAAGUCGAAUAUCGGCCUCCGUCGUGGCCAUCGCUACAAGCACAGCAGCGUGUCUGCGCAGCACCAGAUCUUCCAGGAGCCUCCACAGCGGCCGCCGCCUGUGUUGCCGGCAUCGCUACCGCUGCCAACGCUGCGCGAGGCCUGGUCCAGCAUGCAGCGCGACCAGCGGGCUCGGCUGUACUGGUGUCUCUGCCACGGGGCCGUCGCCGUCUUUGUGUUUCUGUGUGCGACCCUCGAGGGCAGUGGCGACAGUCUGGCCCUGACGGCUCUGUCACACCUCGUGUUCUUCGACGUCGGCUCGGCUGCCGUGUGUGUCGCUGUCGAUGUGCUCGGCAACUUUGAGGUCUGGCGUCGCUCCACCAUUCGCUAUCCCUUCGGUCUGCGUCGCGCCGAGGUUUUGACCGGCUUCGCCAUGAGCAUCUUCCUCGUCUUUGGCGGCUUCGACCUGCUCAGUCACGACCUCAAGGACUGGUUCGAGGCUGCCACUGCUGCAGCCAACACAAGUGGUGCUGCUAGUGCUACUGCUGCUGCUCGUGGCGAUGGUAGUGGCUUUGUCGGCGAGAACCAUUACCACCAUGACGGCCACGGCCACCACACCCGGUAUGUUCACCCGGGUACCGUUGAUAUCCCUGCUCUGGCCGCCUUUGCCAGCACUCUCGUCAGUGCUUAUGGCCUUGGUAACCACGCCCGCAUCCGUCGCGCCCUAUUGCUGCAGCACGGUGUCCCGCCAUACUCAUCCACCCGCUCUGCUGUCUCGACUGCCGGUAAGAAGGGCCACCUUGGUGAGGCGUCAUCCUCGUCUCCUUUGCCGGCCUCUCUUGCUCCAUCCACCCCGUCCUCGGUUUUUUCUAUCAUUGCCUCCAUCAUCGCCCGCAUGCCCGGUCUACCGGCUGCCAUGGCCAACCCGUUCCACUUCCUGACACUGGGCGUGUCGCUGGUCCUGCUUGUGCUGCCGCUCAUGUUUGUGGCCGUGCAGCCGUGGCUGGAUCGCCUACUGUGCGCCACCAUCGCGCUCUCCAUGUUGCUGCUGGGCGCCCGCCUGGCCACAGCCCAGGGCCUGAUGCUGCUGAUGUCGUUUGCGGGGAAGCCCCAGCCGGUAUCACCAUCCGGCACGGCAAACGGAAAUCUGGGUGGUAGCGUAUCUUUUGUUCUCGAUGAGAUCGCUGCGGAGCCGCAAAUUGCACGGGUCGAGGAUGCUCAGUUCUGGCAGGUUCAUUACGGCCUGUGCAUGGCUAAUCUCCGCCUGCGGGUCGUGCGUGGCUGUGACGAUGGAGCCUUGCGCCAGCUGCGCACUCGUGUUGCCCGCGUCAUCCAAAACCGCCUGGGUGAGGGCUAUGGUCGUGGAAACAGUCUGCGAUGGGAAGUGACGGUGCAGACGAGCGUCGAGGGACGGUGA